AACUAGUUCCGGGAAUCAGCUGUAGCAGUUAGCACCUCUGUCUCUCUCAGCUAGUGUGUAUUUACAGUUAUUAAUGAUUAGCUAGAAAUAGGAAAGUUCGCAUGUUGUUUAUUGAUUAGCUGAGUGGAUUGCAAAAUUAUUACCACAGCAAAGGUUGUUUCUGAGUUAGCUUAGCGUGCUAGCGUGCUAAUGCUAGGCUCUGGAGUGCUGUGUUUACACGGAUAGUUUGGCUACUUCCUGAUUAUUUACUUUAAAGAAACGUUGUGACACUUCUGAAGGAAUGAGGAAAAAAACAGAAUUAACACUUAUUUACAUUCUUUGGUGAGAAUGUGAGGAAAUCGAAUGAUUAUUAUUGCUGUGAGUUGAGAUAUAAACCACGAGCCUGAAGAUGCCUGGAGUGGCUACAGGAGUGAAGGAGCUUUACCUCUGCACCUCACUGGGAGAGCUGAACAAAAAGGCUGAGAUCAAGUUGGAUAAAGCCAGCACCAAGCACUAUGUCCAGAGUGCGUGUAAGCUCUUUAAAGCGGCAGAGGAAUGCCGUCUGGACAGAGAUGAGGAAAAAGCCUAUGUCCUCUACAUGAAGUACCUGACCGUCUACGACCUCAUUAAGAAGAGGCCGGACUUCAAACAGCAACAGGAUUUCUUCAUGUCCAUGCUCGGGCCAUCCAGCUUUAAGAGGGCCAUCGAGGAGGCGGAGAAACUCUCUGAGAGUCUGAAGUUCAGGUAUGAAGAGGAGGAGGUACGGAAGAAGCUGGAGGAACGAGAGAAGAGAGAGGAAAAGGAGAGACGAGAGCAGAAAGCAGAAAAGGACAAAGGACGAGCGUCGCCCAAAACGCCAGAGAACAGAAAGGACAGCAAAAAGGCUAAAGAACAGAACGAGCUGAAGACUGUAAACUCACCAGCGCCCCUGAGUGGAGGGAUUAGUGCUCAGCAGUUGUACACUAUGAUGAAGGACCCUAACCUGACUGUGUUAGUGAUGGACACUCGAAAACAAGCGGACUUUGAGGAGUCACACAUGGCGGUGCCCAAUCAAAAGUGCAUCAGUGUUCCUGAGGAGGCCGUCAGUCCCGGGAUCACAGUGAAUCAGAUCCUGAUGAAGCUGCCAUCAGAGUCUCUGCCUCAGUGGGAGCAGCGUGCCUUUGCUGAUUAUAUCGUCCUGCUCGACUGGUUCAGCUCCUUAACGGACCUGAAACUGGGCACGACUUUACAGAGCCUGAAGGAUGCGCUAUACAAGUGGGACAGUGUGACGAUCCUGCGCACGGAGCCUCAGGUUCUAGAGGGAGGCUAUGAAAACUGGCUUCUUUAUUAUCCAAUGUUCACCAGCAACGCUAAGAUCAGACCUCCACGCCAACACACACUCACCCUGGUACCAGAGUUGAACUUCAGCUACCCGUGUCUGGAGGAGACUCCGCCCAUACCUGCAAGUGUGUCUGUGACGGACGGUGUGGAAGACGUACAGACUAAUGGCACUGUAGAUGUGGACACAAACGGCAAAACCGCUGCCCCUGAUAUACACGCUCCCUCUCCAACCACACAGCCCACGCACACGCCCACACCAAGCGUGUCCAGUGUUCCAAGUCCAAAGCAGCCUGCAGUUACAGCAAAGAUUAUACCACAGUUCGAUCGAUCCACCAAGCCAGUGGUUAAACCCUCAGAAGGUGGAAAACCGACCCCUGAGGGUGGAGCCAAAGAGGGCGGGGCCAAAGAAGAUAUAUCCAAAGAAGGUGAGGCUAAAGGCGGGCCCGUUUCCACAGUGACCAACGGCCCUGUGAUUCCGGAUCGUUCAGUCAAGCCAAACCUGGAGGAAAAGAAAGGGAAAGAGGAAGAGGAGAAACGACAGAGAGAAGAGGAGGAGAAGAAGAACGAAGAGGAGGAGAAGGAGAAGAGGAGGAAACUGGAGCGCCAGAAGGCAGAGGAAGAGGAGGAGAAAGCGGAGGGAGGAGAUGAGAAAGGAAAGAGAGGAGUGAAGGAUCAGGCGCUGGACGCUCAGCUCAAGAGCAUGUCUCUGGAUUCUCCUCUGCCCCACACUAUUGUCUCAGAUUUAAAGCGGGAACCUCUGACCCGUGCUCGGAGUGAGGAAAUAGGAAGAGUGGUGCCUGGUCUACCUGAGGGCUGGAUGAAGUUCCUGGACACGGUCACCGGGACGUAUCGGUAUUAUCACUCCCCCACCAAUCGUGUGCACCUUUACCCCCCUGUCACGCCCCCUGCCACGCCUCCGGCCACUCCCUCUAAGCCCAAGCCCAGCGCUGGAACGACAGAGAAGGAGAAGGAAAAAGAGAAGGAGCAAGAGAGGGAGAGAGAGCGAGAACAGUCCAAACUGAAGCGCUCGUAUUCCUCCCCUGAUAUCACCCAGGAUCUGAACGCAGAGGCAGCCAGAAAACCCACACCUACACCCACAGUGAACAGAGAAACCAAACCCGUGGCUGCCACUUCCUACGCUAAAGCUGAGCUCGCUCGUCCAUCCGCCGCUAAGAUCCGGACCAUGAACCCAGUGUUUGGUGGAUUGGGUCCGUGUCUAACAGGCCUCCGGAAUUUAGGGAACACCUGCUACAUGAACUCAAUCCUGCAGUGUUUGAGUAACACCCCGUUCAUGGCCGAAUAUUUCAACAGGAACCGCUACCAGGAUGACAUCAACAAAUCUAACAUCCUGGGCCAUAAGGGCGAGGUGGCCGAGGAGUUUGGUGCGAUUAUGAAGGCUCUGUGGUCGGGUCAGUUUAAGUUCAUCAGCCCACGAGACUUUAAAAUCACCAUCGGUAAAAUUAACGACCAGUUCUCUGGCUACGAGCAGCAGGACUCUCAGGAACUUCUACUGUUCCUGAUGGACGGCUUACAUGAGGACCUCAACAAGGCGGAUAACCGUAAGCGAUGGAAGGAUGAGGCGUGUGAUGCGAUGGAUGAUGUCAGCGCGGCGGACUGGGCGUGGCAGAAGCAUAAGCUGCUGAACGAAUCGAUCAUCGUGUCUCUGUUCCAGGGUCAGUUCAAGUCCACGCUGCAGUGUCUGACAUGCCACCAUCGCUCUCGCACCUUCGAGACCUUCAUGUACCUGUCACUGCCACUCGCAUCAUCCUAUAAGUGCUCUCUGCAGGAGUGUUUGAAGGUCUUCUCUAAGGAGGAGAAGUUGACGGACAAUAAUAAGGUGUUCUGCCCUCACUGUAAAGCUCAGAGGGAAUUCACCAAGAAGCUGGAGAUCUGGAAGGUUCCGCCCAUCCUGCUUGUACACUUAAAGAGGUUCUGGUAUGAGGGCCGGUGGAAGCAGAAGCUCCAGACCUCAGUGGAUUUCCCGCUGGAGAAUUUGGACCUGUCCCAAUACGUCAUCGGGCCAAAAACCAGCCUAAAGAGAUAUAACCUGUACGCCGUGUCUAAUCAUUACGGGGGUCUGGACGGAGGUCACUACACGGCGUACUGUAGAAACGCGGCUCGACAGAACUGGUUUAAAUUCGAUGAUCACGAGGUGUCAGAAAUCUCCACCUCUUCAGUCAAGUCCUCUGCUGCCUACAUCUUCUUCUACUCAUCUCUCUGAAGCCACACCCACCCGGACCACCACCACGCCCGAGUCCUGACUGACCCGAGAGCCAUCAGAGCUGAUGUGGGUGGAGCUUAAAGGCCCAACUGAAGAAACUGAUGGAGGGGGUUUUAGUGAGAAUGUGAAAGAUGUCAAAGUCCCUCUCUCUCUGUCUCUCUGUCUCUCUCUCUAUAUAGUGAAAUCUGUUAUUCCUGACUGUACUAGAAGGGGGCGGAGCUUUCUCCCUGCCCGCCAUUGUUCUGCCUUUGGACACUAAUGACGUUUGGGACACAGCCGAGCGCGGUUUGAGCUUCCGCUUUUGAGAAUGACCUCGCGAGCUCAUGGAGAAGUGUCUUGUCUUUUUUUUUUUUUUUUUGUGGAAAUUUACCUUUAAAGUGACCAAGUCCUCCCCAAGAGUGAACGAGUCGCCUGUCUGUCUUUCAUCGCACUGAUCCAGUCUUUGUCAUUUCCAUACUUUGUCAGUGAUCUUAAUAUUGGCCCGAGUCCCAAAUGACCUCUCCAUUUCCUGCUUCCUUGUAUAGGUGCCCUACCUAGGGGAUGUAUUAUUAACAAUAUUAACACUUAUCCUUUGCACUACAUGUACAACUGGGAGCCAUUUUUAAUUCUCUAUUUAUCUAUUGACCCCUACACCCUUUGUAGUGCACUAUAUGUCCAGUAGGGGGAGAUUUGAGAUGCUAUUCCCUAAUUCAGACCUGCCAACCUUCACAAAAAGAAUUAACAUCAGAGGACAAGUUAGAUACACUUUUCUGAGUAUUUAUUGAUCAGACCCCGCCUAUCCCCACCCCCCCCCCCUCCACCAUAUGAAUCAGGAAUGACUGACAGUUGCGUAGGUGUUUUGAUCUCUGAUGUUAUCUGACCCCCCCCUGGAAGCUCCGCCCCCUCUCCUCUACAUACUGCAUUUUUACCUCCCCCCAUCAACCCCCCCUUAAAAAACAUUUUAAUAUGGGAAUACGCAUCAUUCCUGUUCGGGAUUGGCAGGUCUGCUAAUAUAAAUAAACUAACCCCUGGGCCCUGUAGCGCCUCGGCGUAUGUGUGUAUAAAAUAUUAAAACAGUAUGUGUAUGUACGAGAAGAAGCCAAUAUCAGGAUCGGUGCCUUAUUAAUCACUUUCAUUCUUAAUUAUUCUGAGCCAGUAAUCACAGUUCUGUUAUUAAUGUCAUAUCAUAUAGAGCUGAGCUCGUUAACUCGUUAUCGCAUCUGAUCUCGUUACUUGUCUGUAAGUCCUUUCACUCUGUCUUUCUGCUCCAUGUUUAUAACCUAAUGCAGUGAUCUCACACACACACACACACACACCCCUAAACAUGCUGUACACUGUAACAUUUAUAUAUAUGUGUGUGUGUGUGUGUGUGUGUGCGCUAGUCUGGCUGUGCUAAUCUGAGCUUAGCUUAACAAGCGAAUGAUCUCCAGUAGUUCGGCUAUAGAAGGUGGUUUAGUGGAGCGAAUGCACGGUCACGUCCUAAAGUCCGACUGCACUAACGACGACGUGUCGAUGUAAACCUGUGAGGAAGAUAAAGACUGAACAGGAAAACACUACGUUGUUAGAUAAUACUGUGAUGUACCAAACACCUGCAGUUGCCACACUGUAAAUUUCUCUCCUCGUCCCUGCGCUAAGCUCAGACAAGAUCCCUACUUUUCUUUCCCCGAGUUUCUAGUGCUCCUAGUUUAGAGGUUUCUUUUUACUUUUUUUUUUUCUUUCUCCCUUUAUUUCCAGGUCCUUGAUCUCAUAACUUUUUGAUUUCUUUAAGGUUGCCUCUUGGCCUGCGUUCUCUCGUUCCCUUUAAUCUCCUGCAGGUCCCCAGAUUCCCUAAAACUGUCUCGCUCAGUGUUACGUUCUUCAGUACUGUAGAUCAUCUGAGGGACGGACGAUGCCGUGCUUCAUAAUACUAAGUGUUGGUGCACUCAGGCUGUAGGACCUGACUGUAACAUAGGCAAUUUUAUUUUUUUAUUUCACAUGCACAAACACAGAAUGGGCGGGGCUAAUUGUGUCCCGCCCACUGAUGUUCAUUUCAGGCUAAGAAAUCAGAAAGCAUUAAACUCAACUUUGGUCAAGGGUUUGUUGAGUUAUGAAAUGUUAAGUACAACUGAUCACCCUUUACUGCUGGCCGCAUCCCUCACUCUCCCUCUCACACUCACACACACACACACACACACACACACACACACACACACACACACACGCACACACCGCUAUACCCACACACACACACACCCCCACACCGCUAUACCCACACACACACACACACACACACACCCAGAGGAUUUGUCAGUGUUAGAGAUCACUCAGUGGACCGUAUACUCACAUGUAGUUAACCAGCUGUGACAAUAAAGCUAAGCAAACAUUGA